AUGAAUCAAAUCUUGAGGUCAAAGUUUUUUUAUCGAAUCAGAUAUUUCAUCGGACUACCCGAUGACCACGAGUAUGACCAAUAUGUAGUAAAUAUUAUCGGUAAAUUGGAAAUACUGAUUCGUGAUUUACUUUUCACUCGAAGGGGUUAUGACCAAAAUCGGACUAACUACGAAUUGGAAGGUUUUUAUUGGAAAAAUAUCAUAAUUCGUAUUGUGAUAGUUGUGUCCAUUGUUCGAGCUUUUCUUGGUGCAAUUUGGUUGAAAGAUGAAUCGAAACAACUUUUACUAGGUAAUCCUUUCCAUGGACAACCCUUGAACUUGAUCAUUUUACCGCAACUUUGUUUCGCGAUCGGUGGACUAUCAAUUUUUCGAGAGUAUAUCUUAUAUUUGGAGAGCUCAGGGUUUCUUAAAUUGGUCUCGAUAUUUCGGACAAUUCAACAAAAAGGAUUCGAUCGUAGAAUAUUAAAUCUAACUGAUAAUCAGUGUAAAAUAUUUAGAAAAUCAUUUACAUUAAUCGUUACCAAUGUUCCAAGAGUGAUCAAAUUUUUACUCUUGGUAUUGGUGCUACAAUUAUCAUCUCUAGACUCAUUGAUCCGAUCUUUUUUCACGAUAAAUUGUAUUUUGGCCUAAGCAUUUUCUUCAUUUGCACAGAAUUCAUUUUGUUACAUUUUGUUUCUCCGUAUGUUUUCAACGCAGGUGGGCACAUACUCGCAGUUAUCACCCUGUACAUUUGUCGAUUAUCAAGCUUACUC